AUGUCGAAACCUGACCCUCUCAGUUGGACCCUCCUGUUCAAGAAGCACAAGACCACCGUGCUUCUUAUGCUGCCUCCUUCCGAAACAAUCGCCAACGCCAAAAUCGCCCUUCUCGAAGCCCUACAAUCCCGUGGUUUGAAAGAGAUCAACGGCGACGCAGUCCCAGAAGACCCCUCUGAUAUCGAGCUUGGCAUUCCUGUGGACAAGAACGAUCUUGAGAAGGGUUGGACCAAACUCGAGCUCGAUCUGCCAGAAUUUGAUGAAGAUGGAGCCGCGAAACGCGCCGGGAAGAAAUCUGCAAGCUCUCUUACACUACAGGCCGCAGAUGUGAAGAACGGAAAGCCUAUCGCCUUUCGAUUCCGACAACACAAGGACGAGACCGAUCAAACAGACAUAGAUCUUGAAUUGGAGGAUGCCAAUUGGGAUGUGGUCCUUCCUAAUCUUGAUGAUGAGGAAGAAGAACCUAACUGA